AUGAGGAAUAACAUCUGCGAACCUCCAAGGAAUGCUUCCUCCCAUUCAUUGUCUGUGCAUACCACAGAAAAGGUUGUAGGUAGGGGCGAAAUGCACGGAUUGAAAAACCUAGCCGUAAUAAUUGCUUUUCUAAGUGUUGGAAGAUUCAUAAUAGACAACAAUAGAGAGUUCGGGUUUCUUAUGUCUCUGCCUCUUCAAACACUUUCUAUAAUGGAGUGUUCCUGCUUUCUUUUAGCGGUCCUCAUGAGUUUUGUCCGAUCACUCCUUGGGUUUUAUAUAGAGGUAAGGAAACUUGGGGUUCCAUACAUAUAUUUGAAUUUAGGCGCCUUUGAGGCAUUUGUUGCAUAUUUGAAUCUAAACUAUAUCAAUCGCAUCUAUUCCUCAGGAUGGUCCAUGAUACUCAAUGUUGUUUACACCGCCAAGCUAAUUUCGUUUCAUUUAGUUGUAAGGGAGCUUAGGAAAGACAAAAAAGUUAAUGUAGCAAAGAGGUUAGGAAUCAAACAUUUUUUGUACUUCUUAGUUGUUCCCACCCUCUGUUUCCAGCUGGACUUUCCCAUGAGAACCAAAAGAAAUAUCAAGGGGAUUCUUUUGAAGUCUAUCCAGCUUUUAAUAGGCUUUCUUCUUUUUGUUCUUGUAAUGGACCAGUAUGCAAUACCCAGUAUAUAUCGAAUUAUUGAUUUUGAAGAUAUAACAACAGUAAUUGAAAACAUAAUCAACUUUUCGAUAAGUACUAUAAUUCUAUUUUUGAUAUUUUUCUAUGCUGUGUUCUAUUGCUUUCUGGACGCUGUUGCAAAUUUAACAUUAUUUUACGACUCAUGCUUCUAUCAGGAGUGGUGGAAUGCAUCUUCUGCAAGGGAAUUCUGGGCUCUAUGGAACAGGCCUGUGUAUCUGUGGUUCAAAAGGCACAUAUAUGCCCCGUUGGUCAGUAGAGGAAUGUCCAAAGAAAAAGCAGGUCUAGUUGUAUUCACCGUGUCCGGAUUGAUCCAUGAGUAUGUUGCCUCUAUUUCGAUAAAGAAAAUCACGGGAUGGUUCUUUAUAACAAUGCUUCUUCAAGUUCCUCUCAUCCAUGUCACAGAGUCAUUUAGAAAACGAUUUCCUAGCCUAGGAAACUUCUUUUUCUGGGGGGCUUUUUGUGUCAUUGGCCAGCCCUCUGUACUGCUGUUAUACUACAGAUCUUUGUACUUAAAAGAGUGCCACACAUAG